UUUCCCUGAAGCCAAGUGAAAGCAGGGGUCCUUUCCGCUUUCCUUUAUGCCAAGUGUUCGUAGCUAUCCGCCAUGGCAUCCACCGCGAUUCCCGCUGCUGUGUAUCGAGCUACGAGCUCGCAACUGAACGGUGAUCACCAGCUAUCUCGUCGCUGCGGACUGCAAGCGGAGGAACCGGUCCCUUGCGCCCGAUUCGGCCGCACUAGCCGAUCGCUUCGUUUGCCAUCUCGCGCUGCUGCUGUCGCCAGGAAUCGCACGGUCGGCAGGGAUCGCACGGGGUCGUUUUCGCGUCGCGGGUUGGCGGUUGUCGCCGCGACAGGCGCAAAUGUCGCAGCAGACGCGGAUGUGGACUUGUACGGUCUUCUCGGGGUCGAUCGUAGCGCGGAUAAAGCCGAGCUGAAGCGUGCAUUUCGCAAGCUGGCGCUUCAAUAUCAUCCCGAUGUCAACAGCGACCCCGGGGCGGCAGACACGUUCAUUCAGCUCAGUAACGCGUACGAGGUGCUGGUGGACGACGAGCAGCGGUCGCUGUACGACCGGUUUGGCGCGGCAGCGUUGGACCGCAGUUUCAUGGCGGCGAAGGCGGCGGAGCGCAAGGGAGCGGCGUGGGAGGCGUUUGACACGUGGGACGAGUUCCAGCCCUUCCAGCGCAAGACGCGCAAGGGCGAUGCACGGCAGGCAGCGGCAGUGAGAUGGUCGUCAGACAGCGAGAGUGAGAGCGAGAGCGAGGGGGACGGGGUGGUGGAGGCGGUGACAGGCGAUGUGGUGGAGUACCCGCUGUCUGAUGCCGUGCGGACAAGGUUUGAUGAUGGCCGGCUGAAAGGUGUUGGCUUCGUGGUUGGUCGCAAUAAAGACCGUGGAGAUCGCCACAAGCUGCCACCCGAGAACCUAGGGUUGGUGGAGAUAGAGCCGUUGUUCCAGGAGUCAGGCGAGGACGUGUGGCAGACGGAUGGUCUAGAGAGCGCCGCCUUCGCCUCUCUGGCGGACCUCAGAGUGCUUCGCACCGAGUUUGACAGGCGGACUGACUCGUGGCGCAUUCUCGAUGACCUGUCUCCUGGGUGCGGGAGCCCGGUGUACGACGAAGAGAUCAUCGUGUAGCACAUUUCUUACAUCGAAUUAGUAGUGUAGUGUGGCUCGUGUUGUUUGGUGCGCAUGCUGUUGUAGGCAAAUAGAGGGCAGUAUUGAAGGGGCCAUCAUCAGCAGUGCAGGCUUGAGGCAUCAUGGAUGUGGAAGUGUGUUAAAAUAUGGGAUGGCUUGUCAAACAUAUUUGUGUAUGUUUGGUAUAUCAGACUGAGAGGAACGAAUGAUGACUAGUGGGAGAGUACAGAUAGAUAUACCUAAGUGUUGUACCCUCUAAGAGGUGACCCUAUACAGUCUAU